AUGGAUAUUCAUCGUUGUCGAUUUGUUGAUUAUACACCCCAUACAAUCACCUCAUUAGCAUUUUCUCAUAAAUCAUCAUUGACUUCUCCACCUUCUGGAGAUGUUAGAUUAGCAGUUGGUAGAAGCAAUGGAGAUAUAGAAAUUUGGAAUCCUCGACUUAAUUGGACCCAUGAGUUGACAUUACCAGGAUCUAAAGGUAGAUCAAUCGAAGGAUUAUGUUGGAGUUAUAAUCAUGAAGAAGAUCCUUCUGAACCACCUAGAUUAUUCACCAUUGGAGGAUCAACUUAUAUUACUGAAUGGGAUUUAACUACAGGCAAACCUUUAAUUAAUUAUGAUUGUAAUGCCGGGAUCAUAUGGUGUAUUGAUAUUAAUUCUAAGAAUGAUAAAUUAACUGUUGGUUGUGAUGACGGUUCAGUUGUUAUAGUUGACAUAUCUGGAGGUAAAGGAUCAUUGGAAUAUGAUUUAAUUUGUCAAAGACAAGACGCUAGAGUAUUGAGUGUGAAAUGGGUGAAUAAUGAUCACAUCAUUGGAGGUUGUGCCGAUGGAAGAAUUAGAAGUUGGAGCAGUGAUGGUGAAACAAAAGGAAGAAUUAUGGCAACUAUGAAAGUUGAUAAGGCAAAAAUUGAAAGUACUUUGGUUUGGUCAUUGACUGUUUUACCUAAUAAGAAACAAUUUGUUAGUGGUGAUUCUACUGGUUCCAUUAAAAUAUGGGAUUUGGAAACUUAUACAUUAUUGCAAACUUUUAAAGUCCAUGAUGCCGAUGUUUUAUGUUUGGUUCACGAUGUCAAAGAAGAAAAGAUAUUCAGUGCCGGUGUUGAUAGAAAGAUCCAUCAAUUUGAUUUAUUAGCCACUAAGAACAAUUCUAAAUGGACUCAUAGUUUCAACAGAUUAUUGCAUUCUAAUGAUGUCAGAUCAUUGGCUAUUUUCGAAAACAAAAACCACAAUUUAUUAGUCAGUGGAGGUGUCGAAAGAGCAAUUGUGGUACAAAACAUUGAUCAUUUCUAUGAUGGAAAAUACAAAAAAUUGUUAAUAAAUCAACAAAUUUCAAAUACUUUAAUUGUGCCAGAAUCUAAAUUGGUUAUCUUGUGGCAAGAUCAGACUGUUAAAAUCUGGAAGACUUUAUCUAGUGGCAAACAUGUAUUGAUGAGUAAAAUUACUUUAUCUGAUGAUGAAAACAUUACUAGUGUUGAUUUCAGAGAUAAUUUAUUGGUUGUUGCUAAAAUAACUUCAGUCAAGUUUUUCGAGUUGCAAGAAAUCAAGGAAAAUAAAUUCAAGGUGCAAAAGAUUAGAGAUGAGAAUUUUGAUUCUUUAAUUGAAGGUGCCAAGAAGGUUAAGUUCAUCGAUGAAAGAAAAGUUUUGAUUAUGACUCCAGAUGAAGAAUUGUAUACAUUUGACAUUGAUCUUGAUGAAGGUAAAGUUAAGUUGAGUGACGAAAUUGAGUUGUUGGCUGCCAAACAAGCUCAAGGUAAGAACCAACACAUGUCUUGUAUUAACAAUUUGGUAGUGACUCCAGAUAAGAAGAGAAUUGUUAUUUCUCGAUUCAAUGGGUCAAUUGAAGUAUACCCAGUUAAUAAUGACGAAGAAGAAGAAGAAGAAGCUUAUGUUCUCACAAAAUUGUCAACAUAUCCACACUUGAUUCAAUGUGUUGAUGAUGAUAAACUUGUGGUGCUCAAUGAAGAGAACAAAAUAUUUGAGUUUUUCAUUAAUAAUAAGGAUGGUCAAUUGUUGACACCUUGGUCAAGAAGAAACAGUGAAUUCUUGCCAAGACAAUUCACUUCAUUACAAGAUAAACCACAAGGAAUGUUUGUCAAAGGAGAUAGAUUAUGGAUAUAUGGUACCACAUGGUUAAGUUACUUUGAUUUGAACAUGAAUAUUCCAAUUUCAAAAGUUUACAAAAAUACAUCUACUUCUAAGAAGAGAAACAAUGAUGGGUUAUCCAUAGAUGAAGAUAUCGAUGAUGUUGAAGAGCAAGACAAUAUUGAUAUUUUAGAAACUUCCUUAAGACAAAGUGAAAUUGAUAAAUUGAGACAAAAGAUACAAAAUGAAGAAGAUAAUUCAAACAAAGCUAAGAAACCAUUUUGGAUUACUGAUAAAUAUAGACCAAUUAUGAGAGUUGAUAGUUUUGGUGAAAACGAAGUUAUCAUUGUUGAAAGGCCAUAUGCUUCUUUGAAGACCAACCCAGCAUUCAAUUUGACAAAGAUAAAGUUCUAA